AUGAGGAAGUGUGACACAAGCCAGUGUGGGACAGCCCAGUUUGGGACAGCCCAGUGUGGGACAUUCCAGUGUGACAUAGUCCAGUGUGGAACAUGCCAGUGUGAGACAAUCCAGUGUCGAACAUUCCAGUGUGGGACAGCCCAGUGUGGAACAUUCCAGUGUGGGACCGCUUGGUGUGACACAGUCCAGUGUGGGACAGCCCAGUGUGGGACAGCCCAGUGUGGGACAGCCCGGUGUGAGACAGCCCAGUAUGGGACAUUCCAGUGUGGGACAGCUUGGUGCGACAAAGUCCAGUGUGGGACAUUCCAGUGUGGGACAGCCCAGUGUGGGACAGCCCAGCAUGGAACAUUCCAGUGUGGGACAGCUUGGUGUGACACAGUCCAAUGUGGGACAGCCCAGUGUGGGACAGUCCAAUGUGAUAAAGCUUGGUGUGGGACAUUUCAGUAUGGGGCAGCCCACUAUGAGACAUUCCAGAGUGGGGCAGCACAGUGUGAGAAAACCCAGUGUGGGACAUUCCAGUUUGGGACAGCCCAAUGUGAGACAGCUUGCUGUGACACAGUCCAGUGA